AUGCUCGCCACAGUCCGUGAGAAAGGAAUGCUCCCCUACUACGAGAAAUACCUCUGCCCGGGAGUUGUGGGCCCGCCAGAUGAGGCCUUGAAGGCUCAGCUCCAGAAGCAGAAUGAAGAGGAGCAAGCAAAGCUCGAGGAAAAGAUAAAGGACGCCAAGGAGAACUUGGGCGAUAUUGAGUAA